AUGAGUGAUUAUAGUGAUGGAAACUUCAUGGACAUGGUGUCGCAUUGGACUUCACUUCCUAGUCCUAUCUUAGGAGAGAUAGUUGCGAUGCCGGACCAAACUGACAAUGGUCUAAAUCCAAUCAGCAACACCUUCCUUCCAACCAAUCAAUCUGAAAAAAAAACCAGUCUGGUCGAAAGAGUAUCUACAAGAGUAGGACGUAACAUUCCACCGCUCAGAAUAGAGAACCUGAGGCCAUCCGCUCUAUUCAAGAACAAAAAAACUGUUCUUGGUGUCAAUGAAAUCUCUCCCGGAUUGAGCCCAUCUGUGAUGUUGCAGUCUCCUUCACAGCUUAUCUCUCCGUUUUCAUUCCCCAAUGACUGGCCUCCAGAGACGGUGGAAAAUCCUGGUGACGACCAUGCAGCGACGAUGAUAUUCAACAAUAAUGUUCCUUAUCAGCCGAUGCACUUUGAUCUGCCUCCUCAGGAAGUUACGGGAAAUUCUGCUUAUAUCCCAUCUCAUGAAUCUCAAGUUGAUCCAAUUGGUGCUCCUUUAGUCGCUUCUUUUGAAUCUGAAUUAGCUGAUGACCCUGAUUUCAGCAAGCUAUUGUCCUUCCCGCUGGAUGAUGAGAGCGAGAGCCAGGAAGAUGAUGACAUUGCUGGUGAACUAGAAAUCAAACCUUCGUCUCCAAAGAGAAGGAAAUACGAGGCAUCAGACAUGAUUACAGCCGGAAUAACAAGCAAGGACCCAAGCGUCAUAAUUCGUAUGGAAACGGAAGAAGACCAACCUUGCGAUGGUUAUCGCUGGAGAAAAUACGGUCAGAAAAUUGUCAAAGCGAAUCCAAAUCCAAGGAGUUACUACAUAUGCUCAUACAGUGGGUGCAAUGUGAAGAAGCAUGUGGAGAGAGCAGCAGACGAUGUGAAAAUAUUGGUAGUUUCAUACAAUGGGAGACAUGUGCACCCUGAACCAGGUCCACGUAGUAGCAGCAGUUCUGGUCCAAAGAAUCGUCCCCGUUCAUCAGUGGCCGCUCGUUUAGGCAGGCCACCUUUUUCUUCCUCCUCGGCCGCUCGAGACAAGAGGCCUUUGGCUACUCAAAACAUGAGGCCUUUCGCUUAUCCUUCUGCUUCGGCCACUCAAGACAUGAGGCCCUUCCCUUCUUCCUUGAACUCAGGAGUUGAUAUGACGCAUCUCUACAAGACCGGACUGUCGAAGAUGCCGAGUUUACCGGUUAACCAGACUCAUGGGUUGAUGGGCCAGAAUGCUGAACCAUGGAUUAACCAGAAUCAUGGGUUGAUGGGCCAGAAUGCUGAACCAUGGGUUAACCAGAAUCAUGGGUUUAUGGACCAGAAUGCUGAACCAUGGGUUAACCAGAAUCAUGGGUUUAUGGGCGACAAUGUUGAACCAUGUAUUAACCAGAAUCAUGGGCUUAUGGGCCAGAAUGAUAAACCGAAGACUGAUCAUGUGAUACCGGAUGGUACAGAGGUCUACAAGUGGAUCAUGGAACGUCUGUUGGCUAACUUUGGUGUUAAACAUUAA